AUGGGCGUGGAUUUGGCCAACCUUCCUGUCGAUCGGAAUUAUGACCUUCCUACUGGAGCCGGCGGUGUCGCUCCCGAAAAAGCAUCUGCUAUCCUCUCCCAAUUCGACCGAAAACGAAGACUGGCUAUGCUGGCGGUUCCCACAGACGAUGGAAAAAUCAGGGCACGACUACGCGAACUCGGAGAGCCUGUCACACUUUUUGGAGAGGACGCUGCGGAUCGGCGAAGUCGUCUACGGGAACUCUUGUUGGACCAAGAGGAUACAGCUGGGUCAAACGGAGCUGUUGCCGACGUACAGAUGGGAGAAGCAGAAGAGGAGGCCGAUCAAGAAGAAGAGUUCUACACCGAGGGUCUACCGGAACUGCUUGAAGCGAGAAGAGACAUCGCUAGGUUCUCCCUACCGAGGGCAAAAGCGCGGGUACAGAGGCAGAGAGAAGACGCUACCAUCCCAUUACGCACACAUAUCAAACAUCGCAAAGAGAUCAAAGAGAAGUUACAAGGGUUUGAGUUGUUUGGAACACAGAUUGCUGGAGAGCGACCCGUCAGCAUCACUCGAUUUGCCCCCAACGGCGAGCUAAUCGCCGCCGGCAAUUGGGGCGGUGGCAUUAAAUUACUCGAUGUUCCGAACCUAGACGAAAAGGUGACGCUUAGGGGCCACACAGGCAUUGUCGGCGGAAUUGCCUGGUACCCUGGUGCAACACUACAAGAUUCCAAUGUGUCUCCAGAUUCUCUGAAUCUCGCAAGCGGUGCCGGCGGCCAAGGCGGGGAAAGUGAUAUACAUCUGUGGUCAUUGAACAAGGAGACACCUAUUGGCACUUUGCAGGGCCACACCGACCGUGUUUGCAGGGUCGAGUUCCACCCCUCGGGAAAAUAUCUUGCCUCGGCCUCAUUUGACACGACCUGGCGGUUAUGGGACGUGGAGACGACAACCGAGCUCCUGUUACAAGAAGGACACUCAAGGCAAGUAUUCGCUGUCAGUUUCAACACUGACGGCUCAUUGCUCGCCAGUGGAGGAUUUGACAGCAUAGGGAGAAUCUGGGAUCUCAGGACAGGGCGCACGGUCAUGAUCUUGGAAGGCCACAUCCGUGAGAUCUUCUCCCUGGAUUGGGGCAUUGACGGCUAUCGCGUCCUUUCCGGCUCUGGUGACGGAUGGGUCAAAUGCUGGGAUCUCCGUCAAGUGCGCAACGUGGGAGGGAUUGGUGCUCAUAAUGGCAAUGUUUCGGACCUGAAAUGGUUCAAAGGCCUGGAUGGCGACAGGUCCUCCCUUGUAGAGGGCAGCGGCGUCAGACAGGAGCACAAUCCUCGAAAAGCGGGCACAUUCUUUGUGACGAGUGGCUUUGACAAGAAUGUCAACAUCUUCUCAGCAGAUGAUUGGUCGUUUGUGAAACAGCUCAGUGGCCAUACGGGCAAUGUCCUCAGUGUCGAUGUCACCAAUGACGCCAAAUGGAUUGCUAGCAGUGGGCACGACAGAACUGUCAAGCUCUGGGGUCGUGAUGAUGGCCAAGGCAUAUGA